AUGGCCUUUAUCUUGCCUACUCUCGGAUUAUUGAUUGCUGUUCUAGCCCCAAUAGUUUUGGUACGUGCUGAUGCAAGUACAUCACCCAUAGUUGUACAGAACAAAGAUCCUCUCAUCUAUUACCAUGGACGAUGGGACGAUUCGCCUGGGACCUGGUGGGCGGGAUCGGGCUUCAAGAUCCAUGUCGAGAACUUGUCCUCUAUGACUUUGAACCUCGGUCCUCACACAACAAGUCUCCUCGCUUCCAUCGGAGUAUCCCUCAACUAUGGAGAUUUCACCACGGUCAAUGUCUCCGAGGGGUCAAACACCCUCCCUCUGCAAUCUCUCCAAAGUGACUCCGAGGAGAAUACCACCGGCAAAAAUGUGAUCAGGAUCAAUACGGAGGGUUGGCAGGAUAAUCGCAUCAAUCUAGAGAAUAUAACCUUGAACUCUGGUGCAAAGGUUUUGCCCUACAAACCGUCAAGACUUGCUUUCCAGUUCAUCGGGGAUUCGCUUUCAGCUGGGCAAUACCUUCCUAAAGGUGUGGACCAAGCCUGGCCAUUUCUGGUCAGCGAAUCCUUCAAAGCGGAACAUGUUGUCGUCGCCCAGCCAGGAGCGGCACUGACCGAUAUAGUCUCGUAUGGGAACGUUCACGGAGUAUCCUACCAGUUCUUCAAGACAGAGGAUACAGGCUUUUACUAUACGACAGACCACAACUACACCACGCCUUGGGAUUUCAAGAAAGAUGUGCCUGCGGCAACGCACGUAGUCAGUCACAUCGGCGCGAACGACGCCUCACAGAAUAUCACUGCAAAUGCAUUCGUCGACACAUACUUGGACUUUCUUGCUCGCCUGCGCACCGUCUACGUCCACCAACCGAUCUUCGUAUUUACCCCAUGGGGAUGGCCACAACCGACAGGUCCCAACAGCUUCUACUACAACGGUAGCUACACCGAGAUAGUGAACGAACGCCACGCAGUAGGCGACAAGGAUGUCUUUCUCGUCAACACGACUGGAUGGGUUAGUUACGAAGACGUCUUUCCCGAUAACAUUCACCCGACUGUGGAAGGCCACCAGAAGAUCGCUGGUUUGUUCGAGAAAUGGCUGGAAGGAUGGGGGCUGCAACCGGAGAAGGAGUGGGCUACCCCCGCAUGA